UACCACACCAAAGAAAGAUUAAUUUCUCAACAACCAAACAUGACGAUUACAGAGAUGAAAGUACACAUGGACUGUGCUGGAUGCGAGAGUAAGAUCAGAAAGGCUCUUAAGAAACUAGAAGGAGUAGAUGAGGUGGACGUGGACAUGGGACUGCAGAAGGUGACUGUUACAGGAUGGGCAGAACAGAAGAAAGUGUUGAAGACAGUGAGGAAGACUGGAAGGAGAGCAGAGCUGUGGCCUUUUCCAUACAACCCGGAGUAUCAAACCCAACAGUACUACUACUCUCAUCAACUACACCAACAUCAGAGCCACCAACCGGUCACCUACUAUAGUAGUACUACUCCUCAGCCUUCUUCAUCUUACAACUACUACAAGCAUGGUUACAAUGACCCUGGUUAUGGUUACUACCACGGUCCUGCUCACUCUUCCAUCUUUGAUGAACGUGCCGGCGCCAUGUUCAGUGAUGAAAACCCUAAUGCUUGCUCCAUCAUGUGAUCAUCUCUA